ACAUUGAAUCUCUCUCUUCCUCAUCAUAAGGGGGCAUGUGUACCUAAAAACAAAAGAAACAUAAAAGACUUGGUUUUGUGUGACAUAGAAAGAGAUGGAUGGAAGUGUCUGCAAGAAGAGUUCAAAGGGAAAGAAAGAUGACCUCUAUCAUGUUAUUCAUAAGGUACCUUAUGGAGAUAGUCCUUAUGUCAAAGCCAAACAUGCUCAGUUGGUUGAUAAAGACCCAGAAGCAGCUAUAGUCUUAUUUUGGAAGGCAAUAAAUGCUGGAGACAAAGUGGACAGUGCGCUAAAGGACAUGGCUGUUGUGAUGAAGCAAUUAGAUAGAGCUGAAGAAGCUAUUGAAGCCAUAAGAUCUUUUAGAGUCCUUUGUUCCAAACAGUCUCAAGAGUCACUUGAUAAUGUACUUCUUGACCUCUACAAGAAAUGUGGAAGAAUAGAAGAGCAAAUUGAUUUGCUCAAACGAAAGCUUAGAUUAAUAUACCAAGGAGAGGCCUUUAAUGGAAGGACCACAAGGACUGCUCGCUCUCAUGGCAAGAAGUUCCAAGUUUCCAUAAAGCAAGAAACUGCAAGAUUAUUGGGAAACUUGGGCUGGGCCUACAUGCAAAAGACAAACUACAUGAUGGCUGAGGUGGUGUUCAAGAAAGCCCAAAUGAUAGAUGCUGAUGCCAAUAAGGCUUGCAACUUGGUCUUAUGUCUUAUGAGACAAUCUCGUUAUGAGGAAGCGUUGCUUGUUCUUGAAGAAGUUUUACAAGGAAAACUUCCAGGGUCUGAUGAAAUAAAGUCCAAAAAAAGAGCUGAGGAAUUGCUUGAAGAAUUGAAUGCCAACAUGCCUCAACCUCAGUUUAUGGAUACUUUGGGCCUUGAUGAUGACUUUGUUAAAGGGAUUGAUGAAUUACUAAAUGCAUGGGGAACAAAUAGAUCAAGAAGACUUCCCAUCUUUGUUGAAAUCUCUUCAGUUAGAGAUCAAUUGGCAUGUUAAUAGUUUAACUUUUUUCUUAUGUUGUGUAUUGGUGUGUUUAGGAUUAGGUUCUUGCAAAUAGUUCUGUUGGUGUUUCAAGGCUGCUGUUGAUGUCCUAUUUUUUAGGAGUUAAUUAGUUAUUUUUUAAAUUGAUUAGUCUUUUGUUUAGGAGUUUGUUUACUGCAUUUUACUGUUAUUGCUUUGUUAGUUUGUUGUUGAUUUUGUGGACCAACAAAAUCAGCUGGUUAGUAGCAACCGCAUGAGCUCAGUUUUGUAUUUAAAAACAAGUUCAUUAGUCAGAAUAAAAUAAGCUG